CUAGGACUUUUCCGCCAUUUUGGUAACACUAUCCAGUGGUUUCAGAUCUAGUAAAAUGGGACAUCUCCAGCUGUCUCAAGUGUCUUGAAAGAGGUGGAGAGGUUGAGUUCUGACUGGUCAAAUGAAACGUUUACUAUCGCAGUUUGACCCACCACGGCUGCUGUAGUUAGAAGAAGAUUAAUGGUUUUGACGUGGAGUAUUUCCGCAAAAACUGGAUUGAGAAGCGGCAUGUAAUUUAGCUUGUUAGCCGUUUUAGCUAGAACGAUUGAAACGGAUUUCAGCGUCCCAGGUAUACCAUUUUUCUUCGCCCCUCAAAACAGAACAUCAUGAUUAAAGCCAUACUAAUAUUCAACAACCAUGGAAAACCUCGGCUUUCUAAAUUCUACGAGCAUUACAGUGAAGACACAGAACAACAAAUCAUCAGAGAAACAUUUCAUCUGGUAUCCAAAAGGGAUGAGAACGUCUGCAAUUUCCUAGAAGGUGGAAUGUUGAUCGGCGGGUCAGAGAACAAGCUCAUCUACAGACACUAUGCUACGCUCUACUUCGUAUUCUGCGUCGAUUCCUCGGAGAGUGAGCUUGGCAUCCUUGACCUUAUCCAGGUGUUUGUGGAAACCCUGGACAAAUGCUUUGAGAAUGUUUGUGAACUUGACUUAAUUUUCCACGUGGACAAGGUACACAAUAUACUGGCAGAGAUGGUGAUGGGAGGAAUGGUGCUCGAGACCAACAUGAAUGAGAUCAUCACGCAGGUGGACGCCCAAAACAAAAUGGAGAAAUCGGAGUUCUUUCCAUUCUUCUCUCUUUACAGACAUUUAUCUUUCAGUCUCCCAGACAGGACAGGUAGACACAGUCCUCAAGAAUUUGGCUGGUAUUGCAGGUGCACCUGCUCGUGCCGUAUCUGCCGUAAAGAACAUGAACCUUCCCGAAAUGCCCAGAAACAUCAACAUUGGAGACAUCAGCAUAAAAGUGCCAAACUUACCUUCCUUCAAAUAGCGGCAUGAGCCACUGUGCAGAAGUUGACCAAUGUUUACGAUGCAAUUUGUUUACCAAAAUCAAAAAUGAAUAUCAACAAAGAUCACGAAGGUACUGUGUGAAUUCCUUUUGGCGUUAAAUCAUCCUUUGUUUCCUUGUUUUAAAUGACUGUCAUUGAUGUGGCUUGUUUGAGAAGAUUAAGUAUUUAUUUAUUACAUUCCUCUACCCUCACUGGACGUGUUCCAUUAUGUAUUGGCUGCUACAGUAUUGGAAAAUCAUACCUUAGUAGUUUGUAAAACAAACUGAACAGAAUAUUCUUAUAUACAAUAUGAUGGGAUUGUGUUUCUUUGUCUUGUCUGUGUACAACAUUUUAAAUGAUCUUGUCUUAUCAAAUUAUUUUCUCUUGAUUUUUAAUCAGUGAAUGUCAUUUUUUUUUCUUCUCCUUUUUGCAACUCAAUAAAGUAUUGAAUCAUUUAA